AUGGGACUCAGCUGCUUCAAGUCCUGGAAACAUGACAGCACAGGCCACAAAGGGAACAGAGACGUGUUGGCCAGCCCGGGGUCCUACUUCUUCCUCUCCAACAGCGCCGGUCAGGGCGACGAGUGGCUGAAGAGCCUCAACAAGGGAGUCUGGAUCCCUUUCACAGGAGUCUUCGGUCAGCGUCUGGAGGAGACGGUGCUGUAUGAGCGGCGUUACGGGGUGCGUUCGGUUCCUCUGGUGGUGGAGCAGUGCGUGAACUUCAUCCGGGAGCGCGGGCUGCACGAGGUGGGCUUGUUCCGCCAGCCGGGUCGGACCAGCCUGGUCCACGAGCUGCAGGAGGCCUUCGAUGCAGGGGAGAGGCCGUCCUUCGACAGUCGCACAGACGUCCACACGGUGGCGUCCCUGCUGAAGCUCUACCUCAGACAGCUGCCGGAGCCUCUGGUUCCUCACCGACGCUACCAGGACUUCCUGCUCUGUGGUCAGAAGCUGUCGAGUGACCGCACACUGGUUUUGGCUGAGUUGAGGAAUCUUCUUCACGAGUUGCCGGUUGCAAACUUCAACCUACUGAACUUCAUUUGCCAGUUUCUAAAUGAGGUCCAGAGUUACUCCGGCAGUAACAAGAUGAGCGGGCAGAACUUGGCCACCGUGUUCGGUCCAAACAUCCUCCGAGCCAAAGCUGAAGACCCGCAAAGCAUCAUGAGAGGUGCGGCGCUGGUCCAGAUGCUGAUGUUGGAGCUGAUCCGAGAGCACGAGUCUCUGUUUGCCAAAGUGCCCCCGACCACCUCCGCCCGUUCGCCCCGAGGUUUGCAUCAUUCGCCGAGCGCCCUGAGGCAGCCUCAUCUCCGCCCGCUGCCCUGCCUCCGCCAGCUGUCGAUGCCUCUCAUCGUCGAGCGCUCCAGAGAGCCGGGCCAGAACCACAGCUGCGCCUUCUCCGCUGCUGCCAAAUCCGACUUGACCUCUGGCCAGAAGAGGUUUCUCGGCCACCGCUACACCUCCUCCCACCCGGAGAACUGCUUCUACCCCUCGCCCUCCUCCAGUCAGCCCCUUCAGCACCUCUCUGAAAGACACAACAUAGAUUACCACCGGCACCACGCUGGGCAAGGACCGUCUUCUGCGAAUGGCCAAGCCUCGACAAACAGCCUACAAGACCCAGUGCCAGACAGCUGCACGCCCAGAUCGAGUCCCAUGAGCUGGGCCAAGGCCUGGCCCGGCCCGGCAGACGCGGCCAAUGGUUUCUGGAGCUCUGGAGCCGCAGAGGAAGCCAGCGCAGCGCCAGGAACAGCCAGCGGGGGAAACAGCGAGGCCCAAGAGGACAGCAACCUUUCUGUCUACGACAAUCUGCACAUGGUGUCUCUACGUCACAGGUUGGAGGGCGGUGGGUAUUUCGAAAGCAACGAUCCAGGAGGCCACGCCGGCCCUUGUGGGGAGGAGGCAGAGUUAGAGGAGGUGGGGCAAACAAGGGAUUCCUCAUCUUCAUGGUCUUCCUGCGAGGUUCUACCGUUGGACGAGGGCGCGGUCAGGCCUGACGUAUCACCAAAGACACCGGUAACUUCAAGUCGGGUCUCAGGAGAGGAAAACGGCGAUAAGGACGAUCACGAAGACGGCGACGACAAUCAGGAUAGCGGGGAAGACGAUUAUGGCGGCGGCGACAACGUCCACCACCCGAACUCCCCGGCCUCCUGCUCCGCAGUCAGUGACAGUAAUCCUCUCAGUACGGGCAGCUCAGAGGUGUUCCUCCCCUCUUGUACUCCAGACCUCCAGGUGCCUGAGCCUCAGCCCGGGGGCGCUCACUCACUCCUGGCCAAGCUGCGGCAUCAGAUGGCCCGGCGGAAGGCCGAGUACCAGACCAGGAUACAGAGGUUGGAGCGCUGCAACGACGUCCUGGAGAGGCAGGUGGCGGUACUGCGGGCCAGUCUGGAGCAGCAGAGGCGGAGCCGCAGCGACGCCGAGAUCAAGAUCGGCAACAUGGAGCGAGACAAAGCCGACGCCGACCUCCGAAACGACGCGCUGCAGAGAGAGAUGGAGAUGUUCUUCCGGAUGUAUGGCGAGGCCAGGAGAAGAGGAGGGGAUGCAGGAGGAGGGAGCCUCUGA